AUGAUGGCUUUUGAACAUCAUGCGUUGGAGAUAUCUUACCUUGACUGGGAGGAAGAGGCUGUAGGCUCGCUGGGAGUUGACGUGGGAGGAGGUGGGGAAGGGUUUGGCACUGGCGAUGGGGAGGGUGUUGGCACUGGUGAUGGGGAGGGUUUUGGCACUGGUGAUGGGGAGGGUGUUGGCACCGGUGGUGGGGAGGGUUUUGGCACUGGUGAUGGGGAGAGUGUUGGCACUGGUGAUGGGGAGGGUGUUGGCACUGGCGAUGGGGAGGGUGUUGGCACUGGUGAUGGGGAGGGUUUUGGCACUGGCGAUGGGGAGGGUGUUGGCACUGGCGAUGGGGAGGGUGUUGGCACUGGCGGUAGGGAGGGUUUUGGCACUGGUGAUGGGGAGGGUGUUGGCACAGGCGAUGGGGAGGGUGUUGGCACUGGCGAUGGGGAGGGUUUUGGCACUGGCAAUGGGGAGGGUGUUGGCACUGGCGAUGGGGAGGGUUUUGGCACUGGCGAUGGGGAGGGUGUCGGCACUGGCGAUGGGGAAGGUGUUGGCACUGGCGAUGGGGAGGUGUAA